UGGGCUGGGUAGUGGUGUGUUAUUUGUUUUAUGACCCUGUGAAAAGUUGCUGUGCCAGAGGUCAGAACUCUUCCUGCAAAGCCUUAAGACUUUGCGUAACAUUUGUCCAAGGUGUGGUUUGCGCACAGAGAUUCUUUGGCUUUGUUCAAGCUCCUGUUGAAUUGUUAGCAGCUGUGAACUCGUAGGAGGACUUGUCGGACCUGAUCUGGUCUGCAGGGACUGAUUCUUACAGGUGUAAUCCAGCCCGUGCAGACGAGACCCGCACGCCCUGUAUUUUGUUCUUUCCAGCAACAGUCAUAGGGGAAUGUGCAGCAUAGGCAGCAGGGACAGACUGGGAGCAGACGGGCCACGGUGAUGAACAACAAGGCUCUGACUCGCUCCGAAGUGUUCGGGCAGCUCAGGAAGGAGCUCUACGGAGACGAGCCGUCCACUCAUUCCCAAACCCACGUCUUCAUCAUUCUGGGAGCGUCUGGAGAUCUUGCCAAAAAGAAGAUCUACCCCACUCUGUGGUGGCUGUUCAGAGAUGGCCUGCUCCCAGAUAACGUCUACUUUGUGGGUUUUGCUCGUUCGAACCUGACUGUGGAGGACAUCAAGGCAGCAUGCCUGCCUUACAUGAAGCUCCAGGCUGGAGAGGCAGAGUCUCUGACCGCCUUCUUCAGCAGGAACUCCUACCUGAGUGGGAGGUACGACGACGGCAGCUCCUUCCACCAGCUCAGCACCCAUCUGUCGUCUCUGCCCGGGGGAGCGGACGCCAACCGGCUGUUCUACCUGGCUCUUCCACCAACGGUGUACCACCAUGUCAGCACCAACAUCAGAGCCCACUGCAUGAGCUCCAAAGGUUGGGGCAGACUCAUUGUUGAGAAGCCGUUUGGCCGAGACCUCCAGAGUUCUCAGGAGCUGUCGGCCCACCUGUUCUCCCUGUUCACCGAGGAUCAGAUCUACCGCAUAGACCACUAUCUGGGCAAAGAGAUGGUGCAGAACCUCAUGGUUCUCCGGUUUGGUAAUCGCAUCUUCGGACCUUUGUGGAACAGGAACAGCGUGGCCUGCGUGGUCCUCACUUUCAAGGAGCCUUUUGGGACUCAGGGCCGUGGAGGAUACUUCGAUGACUUUGGUAUCAUUCGAGACGUGAUGCAGAACCAUCUUCUCCAGAUGCUCUGCUUGGUUGCCAUGGAGAAGCCAGCAUCCACCAGCCCGGAUGACGUGAGGGACGAAAAGGUGAAGGUGCUGAAGUGCAUCGCUCCAGUGGCGCUGUCAGACGUGGUGCUGGGUCAGUACGUGGGGGCCCCUGAGGGGGAGGGCCAGUCCCGGCUGGGCUACCGGGACGACCCCACGGUGCCGGCGGGCUCCUGCACGCCAACGUUCGCCACUGCGGUGCUCUACGUGAAGAACGAGAGAUGGGACGGUGAGGCGCGUGCGUCGUUCCCUCGAAGAGCUCCCGUAGCUUCUUGCCUGAGCCCGUCUUGUCUGAACCCGCCAGGCGUUCCCUUCGUUCUGCGCUGCGGAAAAGCCCUGAACGAGCGCAAGGCCGAGGUGCGGCUGCAGUUCGCCGACGUGCCGGGCGACAUCUUUGGAGGGCGCUGUCAGAGGAACGAGCUGGUGGUGCGGGUGCAGCCGGACGAGGCCGUGUACCUGAAGAUGACCACCAAGAGGCCGGGGGUCUACUUCAGCCCCGAGGAAACCGAGCUGGACCUCACGUACAAGAGCAGAUACAAGAACGUGACGCUCCCGGAUGCGUACGAGAGGCUCAUACUUGAUGUCUUCUGUGGGAAUCAGAUGCACUUUGUGCGCAGUGAUGAGCUGCGUGAGGCCUGGAGGAUCUUCACCCCUCUGCUUCACCGCAUAGAGGGGGAGAAAAUCCAGCCCCUCCCCUACGCUUAUGGAAGCCGUGGUCCGAAUGAGGCAGACGAGCUUGUGAGGAGGGUGGGCUUCCGCUAUGAGGGGACGUAUAAAUGGGUGGAGCCCCACGCGACAUGACGACCAGCCCUGUGUCACACGCAAUAAACUACAUGAGUCUCUCCCGUUG